GGUGUCGCUGCCUACCGACAAAUGGAAAGUCUAUGGCCUGCAGUUUUUGAUGAAGACAUAUGGAUUUUCGGGCAGGACUUCGAGCUUUCUGCGCAGUUAAGUGGCGUUCAAGAUCUGUCACUGAUGAGGCUGCUACUUGGGACGCUCCUGGGAGGUCAGGAGAAAGCAGCAUAUGGAAUUGCUAGGCGAAAUACCAACGAAUAUGCGACAGGGUCAGCCAAACAGUUUCCAAAGUGGGAAGCACCACAUAUGGUCACGUUGAGAUGGAGUUACGCAGACACAAUCGCAAUAUUAAACGAAGAGAAACAGAUGAACACCAGCGAGUACCGAGAUUCCAAACAGCAACACAAACGAGCGAAGACACUACAACCAAGAAAACUGAACAAACUUCAGUUGCAAGUCUUUGACGGAGGGACGAGUGUGAUGAGAGCUGGCUUCUAGCCAAAACUGGUGGACAGUAAUUUACGUCAAUGUUUAUGUCCCCAAUAUUGGUUCGAGAGAAAAGUGAGAACACAGACUUUGCGUAGGCGGAUAAAGUUAGCAUAGAGAUGAUCUGUUGCCUGACUCUUGGCUCCUAUUGUUACACUACCACUACUAAAUGUACUCUCAAAAAUAAAAAAUAUUGUCUGUCUCUCUGUCUGAUUUCGAAAUAGAACUUUGCACAUAUGUGCACCAGUUCACGUCACAACACUCCCUCCUUGUAGCACACAAAGCAAGAGAAGAGAGGACAAGAAAUGCAUAAUAGAGACAGCACACAGAGGCGUG